CCCCGAUUCUGGUUCUAAAGUGGGGCAAGCAAUAAAGAGUGCGGCGCAAAGCAAUACAUGCUGCAGGAAAGCAAUAAACGUUCCAACUAGCCAAUCUGGACCUGAACACUUCACGAUUUUCCAUCUGACACCUUGGCACCUGGCCGAGACCGGCACACUUCUUGAUUGCAAUUCGACGUCGUCCUUGAAGUAUCCGAAACCGCAUACACCUACGAUAUGUGAUCCAAUAGACGAAGGAAGAUCUCAACAACAUUUUUGGUCACGCUAUACAGUGUCAUGACCUGUCUACAUAAGCGGAGUAAUUGUUCUACCUGACAUCCAGGAGGGUGUAUAGGAAGUAAUCGCCACGUAUAGAAGUAGCAUGGAAGGAGACUCUGAGCAUAAAAACUCGUCAGAAGAGCUGUUCGACACUUCAUUUUAAGCUUUCCACAACCUUUCGUCUUUUUGAUUGUGCUUUUACUUCUGUAUCUGAGGCAAAUACAGAACCAUGGCAUCGCCAGUAGCCCUUACUGAUGCCGACAAGGAACAUUUCCUUACUCAUGGCUACAUCCACCUAACCAACUGCUUCACCAAGGAGCAAGCUGCGGAAGUGACCAAAGAUGUCUGGACACGCUUAGGUAUGUCCCCAGAUGACAAGAGCACUUGGACGAAGGAUCAGAUCAAUAUGCCCCCUCACUGGAACUUCGACAGCGCCGCCUUCGCGCCCAAAGCAUGGGCUGCCAUCUGCGAACUCUGCGGAGGCGAAGAGCGUAUCAACGAGAAGUCCAGGGAAUGGCGCGACUCCUUUAUCGUCAACCUGGGUACGCGCGAGGGCAAGCCGGUGCCGCCCAAGGAGCUGAAGCGUUGGCAUGUGGAUGGUGACUUCUUCGUGCAUUAUCUCGAUAGUCCCGAACAAGGGUUGCUUGUCGUUCCCCUAUUUACAGACAUCGAGCCGAAUGCUGGAGGCACCAUGAUUUGUCCCGAGGCCAUACCUAAAAUCGCGAAGUAUUUGUACGAUCAUCCUGACGGGGUGUCACCACACCUGACCACCAGAGCGGAACCAAACUUCUCGGUGGUAGACUAUCGCCAUAUCGUCAAUCGAUAUAAUGGGUUGGUACAAGACUGCGAGGAUUUUGUAGAGGUGACGGGGAAGAUCGGGGAUGUCUAUCUGCUGCAUCCACUCAUGAUGCAUUCUGCGAGCCACAAUGCUUUAAGAAAUGUGAGGAUCAUCACCAACCCGCCCGUCAGCCUAAAGGAACCACAUUGCUUCGAUCGUCCUGAUGGAAAAUACAGUCUGGUGGAGCAGAAGACGAUACAAAGUGUGGGAGGACAAGACAGCUUGAAGGGUUGGAAGAUCACCAUGCCUCGAGAGAGUAUUGUGCCUGAGAUGUGGAAAAACAAGGACGCUAUGAAGAAGGAGGAGGUCCGAAGAAUGGAGGAAGCAAGGAAGGUCUCCGCUAGAGGUUGA